GUGCGUACUCUAAGGUAUAUACUUUUAUGUAUACAAAUUAUUUUUUUAAUAGGUGGUUUUCAAUAUGUUAUUUGAUCCUGACACUCCGAAAAAUACACUUUUUCAAAUUGAAGUAAUUUUUAAUAUUGGAACCAGUAUAUAUCUUAUUUCAUUUAGAUUAAAUAAUUUAGUCCUGAUUUUUAUUUCUAAAAAGCUUUUAUGGAAUAUUAUGACAAGAUUUCAAUCACUUCCUUUUGAGUUUGUUCAAAAAAUGAGUGAUUUGAUUAUUCGUGUAAUAUUUAUUUUCCAUAAUACCCUAUCUAGCUAUUAUAAUUGUAAGAAAGAGAGAUUUAAACUAUAUAUUAUAAGUUUUUUGUUUUAUCAUUUAAUAAACCAAACAAUUUUUAGUUUAUACAUAGUGUACAUAUACUAGAAUGGUAAAUUUUUUUUUUUUAUCGGUAUACUCUUAAGUAACUAAACCUCAAAAGCGUAGGUUAAUAAAAUAAGUGGUUUGUUUUGUUGUUUUAGAAUUAGAUGAUUUUUAGACCAAACUGAUGAAUAUAUACUAGACAGACAUUUAUAUUUUGAGUAUGCACUUAUAUUCUAUAAUAGCUUGAUAUAUUAGAUUCGAACAGUAAACUAUGAAUAGAGUUUGCCGAUGAUUUUCUUCAAAAAUUUAAUUAUUAGAUAUGUAUUUAGAGUGGAAUUGAUUUUUACAGAUGCCAUUCUUUUUAAAUUGACACUUAUGUAAUUCACUGAAUUCAUAGAAGAGUUAAAAAAGAAACAAAAUUUAUAUCGAUGAAACAGAAACAAGAACGAAACCACAAUUUUAUAGAGGUAGAAAAUAAAACCACUUAUAAAGAGUGAUCAAACGUAUACAAAUCAAGAGCAGAAAAACCAAUCCCCUUUCUUCAUUUUACAAUCAAUGUUGUCUAUCUGGUUUUGGUGAUUUGUAUUAGCUGCAAAACUUAACUUUCUUUUGUGCAUAUGAAAUUUUAAAAAUAAUUUAAAUAAUUUGUAAUACAUUAAUUUUUCCACAACGACGAUACAUUUAAGAGACGAACAUUUGUAUUCAUCAUUUUACAAUUGAUAAAGAUUUUAGUGUUGCAAAAUGUUAAAACUAUUUAAUGAACAAACAUAAGUAUAAAAAACUCACCCCACAUGUGUGCGGGUUAUCAUGUAGUUAUAUAUUACGUUUGCGACUUUGAAAGAUGAAUCUAUUUUUUGAAAAUUAUUUUAGGUUUAAUUAUAAAAUAAAUAAAAUACUUUUGACUAUAUAUAUUACGUACAAUUUAGUACAAGAAACAUGUUUUCAACUAUCUACGAUUUACUAAUUUGAAUUAAGGGUGUUCAAUUCGGUAAAAACCGUAACAACUAAAACCAAGCCAAACCAAAAUAGAAAAGGUGGAUUGAUUUGGUAACAUCGUAUAAACCAACUAUGUUAUUUUUAAAACUGUGGUAUAUGAAUAUGGUUCAGUAUAUAAACCAAUCAAACCAUAUAAACCAAAUAAACCAAAACUAGGUUAUAAAAGAAAUAUAGUUUUAAGUUUUUUUUUGGUAUAAAAUUGAAUAAACAAAAAACCGACAUUACAUAAACAGAACCAAACCAAAUAGAUAUGGUUUUAAUAUGAUAUAUAACUUUUAUAAACAAAAAUAUAAAAAAACCGAACCGAACUGAGACAAGACCAAAAUUGAAUAAACUAAAAACCGAUAGUAUAUCAACUGAACCAAACCAAAAUAGAUAUGAUUUUAAUAUGAUAUCUAAUUUUCAUUAACUGAAAUAUCGAAACCGAACCGAGACUGUAUCAAAAUUUGGAUUGAACAAUUUUACUUUGAAUAUUUGAUUUUUAUACCUUUCUCAUUCCAUAUAAAGCGUGGAUCUCAACCUAGUCUUCAAUUAUUAUGUGAGAUAGUUUAUAAAAAUUCAAUCACUUCAUAUAGAGUAACAUAAACUAUAAUAACAACAUGAUAAUAAACAAGUUACAAGUUAAAUCAUCUAUCUUCAUAUGGCAGUCAAUAUUCCUUUCGUACAGCCAUACGUAUUGUCUUUUACACUUCUUGUUUAUGCGUCUUUACGUAAAUGAUGUCAUUCAUGCAUCAAGUAGAUAUCAAUUAUCAAAUUAAUACAAUAUCAGCUCAUUGUUAUGUGUGUAUCAGAAGUACAAUAAUUUCAAAAACUAAUCUACCAAAAACACUUUCGGAAUAGUAUUAGUGAUGAAUAUUAACUUCGUCAAUGUAGUUACUUAUACAAACUGUCUUCUAUAUUUGUUUAUCAAUCGCUCUUUAAUUAAUUUUUUUUUUGUCAUUAACAUAAACAGACUCAUAUAAAUUCUGGAAACUAAACUGGUAACUCUCCAUCAAUAUAAAAGACGAAAAACGAUUGCGUCUUUGCAUUUCAUACGAGACUGUCCGCCCUUAAAUUCUAUAUUCGUGGUAUAUGAAUGAUCUCUGAGUUGUUGAAAACUUAUCCUUAAAAAUUUUAUGUCUUCCAAAUAACUUGUAAAAACUGGCCAUAAAUUACUUAAUGAAACAUUGUUUGCUACACUUUCUUUAUGUAUGAAAAAGCAAUAGAUGUUCUUGUUUAUUUCUUGUAACUUAGAUAUUCUUGUUUAUUUUCCAAGAGAUAUAUGCAUAAUUAUUUACACUGAAAAAUACAUGUCUUUUAUAAAAUCAUGGUACUAUUUUUGGGGUUAUUUGGUAACACAUAUAAUGGGUCAAAAAAAAUCUCAAAUAAUAAAAACUUUAACAAAAAAGUCAUAUAUUUUAGUCAAAACUGCAUCUUAAAAAUAUUAUUCAAAUGGUAAGUCUAAGAUAAUUUCUUAGUCAAAUGAUUCAAAUCCCAUUCCUAAUUAAUCUAUUCCAGCCUAUCAUUUCAACCCAAUUUAUGUAUUUAAUCUCCCAAUUAUUUAUAUUCAUAUUUCACAUUUACAAAACAAACAAUAAUCAAAACCAAAUCCCUUAGAUAAAAACUAGAUCUCACUUUAUUGGAUUCAAUUUCUAGGGAUCUGCUUAACCUGUUAGCUCUGUGUUGUGGAAGAUGGAUCCUAACCAUCCUACAAACACCUCCUUUGUUCCCGGUCAUGUCACUCCUCCCAACCAACCUGUUCUCCAUGUACGACCUAUUAUAGGGUCUAACAACGUCUAUUCCCAUCCCGAUUUCCAGCCCCAGCCUCAUUUCCAGGCCCGUCCCCAGUUCCAGCCCAUGCCCCAGUUCCAGUCCCGCCCCCAGUUCAUGUUCCGUCCCCAGUUCAUGCCCCAGCCCCAGCCCCCACUGCAGCAAGCGCCUCCUUCUCGGUUAGCUCAUGUUCCGACACAGGCGCAGCCUUCCAUAAACUAUCCUCCUUACGACGACAUGAUUUGUAACAUAAUUAGGGAGUUGAACGAACCGGAUGGUUCAAGCAAGUCGAGGAUCUCGAGGCGUAUCAAGAGAUCGAGCGUCGUUUUGCCUCCUAGUCACUCGGUUUUGAUGACUUUCCAUCUCAAGAGGUUGAGGAAGAAUGGCGUUCUCACCAUGGUUAACAACUUAUACAAGAUCGCUGCUGCUGCUCCCCCUCCUCCACCUCCUCCACCUCCCCCUCCUCCUCCUCCUCCAACUCCUCCUCCUCCACCUCCCCCGCAAAGCGUUGCUGUUGCGGCAGAUCUGGUGGCUCCCAGAUCUGAGGUUCCUCCGAUGAACACCUCUCCGCUUGAUAUGCUUGCUGCCUCUGCUUCUGGCUUGGCUUUGGGCUCUCAGCCUCAGAAGCGAGGCCGUGGACGCCCUCCAAAGGCUAAUCCCGAAGCUCCACAAGAGCAAGAACCCAUCGAUGCUCAACCCGUCGCUGUCAUGACUCCCGGACAGUCAAGCCGUGAGCAACCCGAGUUGCAUGUAACAGAUCCAAACCAAGUGGUUACUGAGUCGGCAAACAGACGACCUGAUCGUCCAAGGAGGGGCAGAUCUGUUCCGUUCUCUCCAACUGCGGGUGCAGUUCUAGCUCUUCCAGCUCCGAGUACGUAUGCAAGAUGGAGGUCACCGAGUCGUAGUGACGCUGGGAGAGAGAGGAAGAGGCCAUGCAUAGGUGAAUCUAGCGGUGGAAUCGUCAUCGCUGCUCCAGCUGGUGGAGAAACUGUGGCGGUUGCGUCAGGGAUGAGGCGUGGACCUGGACGUCCACGUAAGGUGGUUAGCGGUAGACCCAAAAUGAGUACCACACCAAUCUCCACCAGGGAAGCUACUGGGACAUUGGAAUCUUCCCAUGGAGAACUCAAGAAAAAGCUUGACUUUGCUUGCGAGAAAGCAAAAGAAAUCUUGGAUGUGUUGAAAGCUGGUGUCGAGAGCAACGACUUCAUAGCAAUAUCGUCGCAAGCUAAACAGGAGCUGGAAGGACUAAUACCAAUUCUGACUGUGGAGACGCAUGGCGUGGGACAAGUGCAGCCAGACGCCGUGGAAGAAGUAGAAGCACGAGCCGUUGAAGAAGUGCAGUCAGAGGAGGCAGCAGCACAUACUGAAGCUGAAACCCAAGGAGAGGAACAUGGACAAGAAGGUGUGGAAGGAGAACAAGCACAGCCCCAUCCUUAGCCUUAGCCUCAGACCGAAGCUGAGGCAAUGCAAGGAGCCCUGAUCUGAGAAUGAUAGCCUAGACAUAGCCUUGGUGUUUAUGGUUAGGAGUGUUCUUUUUUAAUAGUUGUUGCAUCUAUCUUUAUUUAAAACUCAUUUGCAUUUUCAUUUUAAUAGUUUGGUAUAGAAGAAACAAAAAGGCAUUGUGUUGUCUUUGUUUGUCUAACUAACCAAACAGUAAGAGGUUGUUGUAAUUUAGAGGGAUAUUUUCAGUACUGUUGGAUGAUCUUCUCUUUUAUAUCAAUCUAUCUAAGUUUCUUUUUCUCCAAUCUUUCAUUCUAUUCUGCUUCCGUUUUGUUUAUCUGUUAGUUCUAGGCGUCGAAUAUCUUAAUUUCAUAUUAUUGUCUUCACUCGUUAGUACUAACUCUAUAUAUUACAUGUCUACAGUUCGUUUUAAGCAACUAGUCAGCUACUUUUGAAAUAACUUUGAAGUCAUGUCAUUUGGUAAACAUAGUGGACGCAUGUACCAUUGAAACACUUUGACCUAGAUAGCUAUAAUCGUUUUAGGAUUUUAGCACACUCCUUUUGACCUUGUUAUAUUGACGUACGUAUUAGUUCUUUAAAUGUAACGUUCAAAACUGUAAACAUUACCGUCAUCUAAUAUGGGUGCUUAAUUAUGUUCCAUCGUUCUUGAUAUAUUAUUUUCUUCGGGACGCAGAGAUAUUGUAUGGCAGUUUCUUAGUUUUAAAUCUGUGGUAUUCUUGUAAAAUGAAUAAAAUAGUGGAUGGUGGGAAAAUCCAUUCUAAAUAUAAACAACGUUAAACUCGUACGAAAGCUUGAAAGAAGAUUAAAAUGCCAAUAUGCAUCAUAUAAGAAAGCUCCCAAGAGCAGAUAAGAAGUUCAAGAAAAGAGAGAGAAAGGGACCAAAAUGUCAUCCGUUGUAAAAUAAACAAAAAUAGGUUCAAACCAAGAGCAUAAGGUCAAUGAUCUGCAGGUAAGGAAGUGUUGUAACCAAGCAAGACUAUAUCUAGCAUGUAUGAUUGGUACCAGUAAUCAUGGCGAUCUCCAUAGUAGCCACACUACCUGCAGUCACAGUAUGGUCUAAAGACAAUAAGCUCAUGGAAUCGAGGCACGUUGAUAUCUCUCAUCCAUGAGACUGCGGAGAAGUGGGAACUGUUAAGGGUGAAGCAUAACUUCUCUAGCUUGCUCCCUAGAAUAUUCAAAAGUAAUACUAUCAUGUCUCAUAUUUGCAGUGGCCAUUAAGAAUCUAAGAUAACUCAACAGUCUGUCUCGACGAGAAACUGUACUGCUGAGAAAGAAAUUCAGCUGUGUAAUAAUAUAAUGUAGUUCCUUCGUGAUCUAGUACAUGCCAUGAUACACGAUAAUUUUGUCUCUGCUCGACCAAGAAGCCACUAUAUUGCAUUUGUAAUAAUCGAGGUCCUUAAAAAGCAUAUAUUAAAAUGGUAACAUUUUAGUUCGGUAUAUUAUUAUCAAAUUUUCCCAACUGGGUUGGGAAUAUAUUAUUCUUUUACGCUUAGUUUUAUCAGUCAAUUGCUAUACUGUUUUUAAUUUUUUUUUUUCUGAUUAAUCUGGGAUAUCUCAAACCAAUGGAGAGACCCAUAUUAAUUUUCAAAAGGAGAUUCAGUCCACGGAUAGACCAUUUCUCUGGACUUUCAAAUGGAUUCUAAAGUAUGAGCUCAUAUCCGUAUUAAAUGAUCAUGAUAAUUGUAACUUAGUUUCGCGCAAUAGAUGGAUCGAAUCCAAAAAGUGUUAGCUUCCCAGCCCCGCUUUUUUAAAUAUCUUGCACUACUAACAUAGAUUACAUAUAAACUGAAACGAGAAUACGAAAGCAAGAUAUUUUGAAACAUGUAGACAUUUUUGGAAAAUAUAAGAAUAGAAACAUCUUAUAUAUAUACAUACAUAAUGAAACAUUAAAAUUGAUUUAUAAACAUCUUAUAUAUAUAUAUAUAUAUAUAUAUAUAUAUAUUGUAUAGUUUAGCCAAAGUCGGUUCUUAGAAGUUACAAGCAAGUACACAAUUUUAACUCAAACCAAAGGAAACACGAACCAUAGAAACAAAUUCAGUUUCUCUGGUUUCUGGUCUAUCCAGGUUUAAACCGGUUAUUGCAUCGGUGUUUCUAUUUUUUUAUGUUUAUUUUCGUUUAUUUAUUUUUUUCAGUUGUACCCAUGUAAAACAAAAAAAAAAAACCCAAUUUUUCUUUUAAUAUGGAAGCGUUUUAGAAAAAAAAAGGUGAAACAAAUUUAGUUAAUGAGAUAUCAAAAUUUUUGACUAAAAAGAGAUGUAGAAACAAGAACUAUAGAGGACAACAUCUAUUAAGAAACGUAAAAAUUGAUAUAUGAAAAUUAGAACAAUAAAUUAAGUUAAAUUUUCUGACAUUUUUUAAAAUUUUUAAUAACAUAUAUAGGAGUUUCGAAUAUUUGACUCAUAGUCUCCAAAUUAGGCAUAUGCAUUUGGGGUCCCAAUCGAAUUUUGGUAUUUAUCAAAAUCAGUCAUAUUUGGAUUAUAUGAAGAUUUGGGUUGGGAUCAGUUCAGGUUCUAUCUGAUUUGGGUUGGGUUAGUAAAUCCUCGAAGAACUGGUACAACCUGAUAUAUUUUUGGGUUUCGGUCUCAAUCGGUUCUUCGGUUUAAAAGUAACUGAUUUGUAUCUACUAUAUAACCAAAACAUAAGUAAAAUCAGUUAUUUGGUUUUAAAAUACAUGAUUUGUACAUAUUUUGUAACCAAAACAUAAGUAAAAUUGAUUCAAAAGUAUGAAAAAACAUUGAACGUGAUCAUUCAAAAUUAAACAAAAGGUAAACAUAGUUAUUAAUUAAAAUAAAAUCAAAUAAAUGAAUGCAUAAAACGAAAAUCAAGUUAUCAAUAGAAUUAUAAACAUUAUUCAAUGAAAACAAAACCAAACUAUAAAAACUUCAAGCUUCAACUGCCGCCUUCAACCAUCAACCUUCAUGUAAUAGAUAAUUAUUUCAGAUGUUUAAUAACAUCUUAGUAUAUUCUGGAUACAUAUUAGGAAUUGAAAUCAUGUUUGGUACAAGUUAUUUUGAGAUUUUGAAUGUUUCGAGUUAUGUCAGAUAUCCAUUUAGGUUCGAGUUCGGUUUGGAUAAUACUCAUAAUCCAAAAUACCAUAAAACAAGAUCCAUUCGGUAUUUAUGUCAAUUUUGGAUCGGUUUUGAUUUAUUUUUAUCGGAUCAAAUUCGGUUCAGAUUUUUAGGUUCGGUUUAUUUGCCCAGUUGGGAUAUUAACCCAGGGUUAAACAUAACAAAUCACUACAUUACCCAUUAGACCAUAACACAUUUGUUUUUUUUUUAUGGUAAAUUAAUAUUAGUUACUGCUUAUUUGUGGGUCACCAUAUUUUGUAUUCUCUUCUGUUUCUUUUAUUAUAAGUAUUUUAUUAUAAUGAUAUAUUUUAAUAAAAUAAAAUAUGAAAAUAUCACUUGGAUCUUAUCUGGAUUUGUUUCUUUGUUUAUUCUUCUAUUUCUUUUAUUAUAAUGGUAUGUUUGACUAAAUAAAAUAUGAAAAUAUUACUUUGAUUUUAUUUGGAUUUUUUCUUUUUUUUCUCUUCUCUUUCUUUUAUUAGAAUUUUUUUCAUAUAAUGAUAUAUUUUACUAAAAUAAAAUAUGAAAAAUGUGACAUGGAUUUUAUUUGGAUUUGUUUCUUUGUUUUGUCUUCUAUUUCUUUAUUCUUAUGAUCUAUUAUACUAUGAUAAAAUAUGCCUUGGAUUUCUUUCUUUGUUUCUCUUAUGUUUCUUUCAUUAUAAUGUUUUUCUUCUUAUAAUAGUAUUUUUGAUUAAAAUAAAAUAUUUCAAAAUGUGACUUGGAUUUUAUUUGGAUUUGUUUCUUUGUUUUCUCUUCUAUUUAUUUUCUCAUAAUUAUUUUAUUAUAAUUAUAUUUUUGACUAAAAUAAAAUAUGAAAAUAUGACCAGAUUCUACUUGGAUUUCUUUCUUUGUUUUCUAUAUUAUUUAUUUUAUUAGAAUAUUUUUUGCUUAUAAUGUUAUAGUUGAAUAAAAAAAAAUGAGAAAUGUGAUUUGGAUUUUUGUCUUAAUCCAUUUCCUUUACUGAGUUUCAUUUCUUUUAAUAUUACGUUUGACUAAAACAAGUAAAUUAUGAAAAUUUGACUUAAUUUUAAUUAUUUUUUAUCAUAAAUUUUAUUUAUUAAAUUUUAAUUUCUUAAAGUAUACUUGACUAAAAACUAAAAUAUAAACUUUCUUUUAUCAUAUAUUCCUUUUUCUAGUAUUUGACUGAGAAAAAAAUAUGAAAACUAAGGCAUACGACUCAAUUAAGGUUUUCAAGUCUUAAAUAAUUUAAACUUAAUUUUAGUCUAAAUAUAAAUAUAAAAAUCAUAAUUAUAUAGAUGAAAAUUUUGUAAUUUAAAUAUUUUAUUUUUAUCCACUAUGGUCUAUAGUCUCAUGCGUAUAAAAAAGAGAAUGUGUGGAAUAUCUCCAAUUAAGGUUCAAAUUUGCUGAAUGCCCCUAAUUAUGGAUAACCCAAAAAGGAGUAACCUUUUGACACUGUGCGGACGAAAAUGUCCUUAUGCUUUAUCGAAAACAAGUAACUCUAGAUCUAUCAGCUAAAUAUUAACAUAGCAGGUAACAAUCUACAUACCAACUAACAUAUCCGCUAAUAAUUUCAGUAUCAUCUAACAAUCUAUGUAUCAAACAAAUGUAUCGACUAACAAAUCAUAUAUCAGUUAAUGGAACUAUUAACAAUUAAUUAGUUAUCUAUUAAAUAGUUCCAAAUCUAUUUGUAACAGCUAACACUUCAUGUAUCAAUUAAGAAUCCAUUAAAAUCUAAAUAAUAGCAGGUAAGUAA